AUGGUAGAAAUUGUUGAGGAGGAGAAUCUGUAUGGUAUACUAAAUGAGCGUAAUAUCAAUUAUGUUCAAUUUGGUUGUAACAAGAAAUUUCAGACUUGGUAUGGUAGUACUGUAUAUUUUGAUCCGGAUAAUAAACUAAUACCUGACAGACCAAAUGUUAAAAAUAGUCCAAGAAAGCCAUUACAGAAGAAUGGUCAAUACUGGUUGGAUACAAUAUAUAUUUGUGAAUAUUGUUUUAAAUAUUGUGAUUCUGGUGAAAUGUUGUGUGACCAUGAUUUGGUUUGUAAUUAUAAAUAUAAGGCACCAGGUAGGAUUAAAUAUUUGGGACCCAAAUAUUGCAUACGAAGGGUUAAAGGUUCAAAACAUCAAUUAUUCUGUCAAUGUUUAUGCUUAUUUACAAAACUAUUCCUUGAUAAUAAAUCGAUGUAUUUUAAAAUUGAUCAAUAUGAUUUUUAUAUAUUAUACGAAAUUAACUCUACAAUACCAAUGGCAUUUUUUUCAAAAGAUAUAAUUUCAUAUAAUAAAAAUAAUUUAGCAUGCAUUUUGACAUUACCUCCUUAUCAGAGAAGAAGAUUAGGGACAAUAUUAAUGGAAUUCUCUUAUAAGCUUUCAAGGUCAGAAAAUGUAAUAUCUGGACCUGAAACACCACUGUCGCCAUUUGGAUUGAUAAGUUAUAUUAAAUUUUGGGCUAGAAUAAUAGCAUAUGAGCUAUUUGAUGGCGAAUUAUCUGCAUUGGGUAAAAUUUCUGUAACAGAUAUUUCUCUUGUUACUGGAUUUAGAUUGAGUGAUAUAAUAAUGACAUUGAACUAUCUUGAAUGUCUGAGUUCCUCUGGUGAAAUUUUAACAUCGAUUAUCAAAGAUAAAGUUCAAAAGAUGUCAGGUAAAAUUACUGGUUAUAUUAUUCAAGAUGAUGAUUUAUUACUUGAUGACUAA